CUCGGAAGCUUGCCCGAGGCCUAGAUUAGUUAAAUAGGACUGUUGACCGACAAAUCAUACAUUCUCUCCUUCUCCGACGUGUAGUAAACUAUAAAGUGUUAUACUUAUUUAUAGUGAAGAAAGUAAUCAAGCGCCAUGUGUGGAAUAUUUGCAUAUUUGAACUACUUGGAGCCACGUACAAAACGAGAAAUUUUAGAAUGCCUUAUUAAAGGACUACAGAGACUAGAAUAUCGUGGGUAUGAUUCGGCAGGUGUUGCUAUUGAUGAUGAUGCUGAGGGUAAAAAAACCUCUAUUAUUCGUAAGAUUGGGAAAGUCAAAAUGCUGGAGGACAAGAUAUGGAGUCUUGGAAACCUUGACUUUUACGAAUCCUUUAACACUCAUGUUGGUAUUGCUCACACACGAUGGGCAACACAUGGUGCCCCAAGUGACUUAAACAGCCAUCCUCAUCGAUCGGAUGAAACAAAUGAAUUUGUCGUUGUUCAUAAUGGCAUAAUAACUAACUACAGUGACAUUAAACAGUUCCUGCUGAAAAAGGGAUACAAAUUUGAAUCAGAAACGGAUACUGAGGUCAUAGCAAAGUUAAUCAAACACAUACAUGAUGAUCAUCCUCAUUUAUCAUUCAGGGAACUUGUUGAACAAGUCAUACAGCAACUGGAAGGUGCCUUUGCAUUGGUUUUAAAGAGUACCAAAUACCCAGGCCAAUGUGUCGCAACAAGGCGUGGUAGUCCUCUGUUGGUGGGAAUUAAAAGUAAAACCACCCUGGCAAGUGACUUCAUUCCUGUUCUUUUCAGCAAGGAUCAUCGCUCAUUUCCUAUAUUAAACAUUCCAAACAACUCUGGCAUGAAGCAUUCAGAGUCCACCACUGAGUUCUGUCCACUAGGUGAAAACAAAGAAGUAGAGUAUUACUUUGCAUCUGAUGCUAGUGCUGUAAUUGAGCAUACAAACCGUGUGAUUUUCUUGGAGGAUAAUGAUGUGGCAGCAGUGUCUGAUGGCCGCUUGACCAUUCAUAGACUGAAACGUGCAAUUGAUGAUACAACUGGAAGAGAGAUUAUUACUCUGAAGAUGGAAAUCCAGCAGAUUAUGAAGGGUAACUACAGUUCCUUUAUGCAGAAAGAGAUUUUUGAGCAGCCUGAUUCAGUGAUCAAUACCAUGCGAGGAAGAGUGAACUUUGAACACGAGACUCUUAUUCUUGGUGGUAUCAAGGAUUAUAUUCCUGAGAUUAAGCGUUGCCGUCGUCUUCUGCUGAUUGGUUGUGGAACCAGUUACCAUAGUGCAAUUGCAACACGUCAAAUACUGGAAGAACUCACUGAACUUCCAGUUAUGGUUGAACUGGCGAGUGAUUUUCUGGAUCGUAACACUCCAAUUUUUCGAGACGAUGUGUGCUUCUUUAUUUCCCAAUCAGGAGAAACUGCUGAUACUCUUAUGGCAUUAAGGUACUGCAAGAAUGGUGGAGCUCUGAUUGUUGGUGUGACAAACACUGUUGGCAGCAGUAUUUGUCGAGAGAGCCAUUGUGGUGUGCAUAUCAAUGCUGGUCCUGAGAUUGGUGUGGCUAGUACGAAGGCUUAUACCAGCCAGUUCAUUUCCCUGGUAAUGUUUGCUCUGGUGAUGUGUGAAGACAGGAUUUCCAUACAACCCAGACGAAGUGAGAUCAUCCAAGGCUUGAAGGCAAUCCCUGACCAAAUUAAAGAAGUGUUGAAACUCGAUGAGAAAGUGUAUGAAAUUGCACGAACGAUGUAUCAGCAAAAGUCUCUCCUUGUGAUGGGAAGAGGCUAUAAUACAGCUACUUGCAUGGAAGGAGCUUUAAAAAUUAAGGAGCUGACUUACCUUCAUUCAGAAGGAAUUUUAUCAGGAGAAUUAAAACAUGGACCUUUAGCUCUGGUUGAUAAAGCCAUGCCGGUCAUUAUGGUUGUCACAAGAGAUCCUGUUUAUCCAAAAUGUAUGAAUGCUCUUCAGCAGGUGACUGCAAGAGAUGGUCGUCCAAUCAUCAUCUGCGAGAAGGGAGAUACAGAGACUCAGAAACAUGCCUUCUAUACACUUGAGGUACCACACACUGUCGACUGUCUUCAGGGAAUCUUAACCGUCAUUCCUUUGCAGCUUAUGUCUUAUCAUAUUGCUGUACUUAGAGGAUGCAAUGUUGACUGCCCUAGAAACUUGGCAAAAUCUGUGACUGUUGAGUAAAAUAUAUAACAUUGAACCUUGCAAAGUAUAUGCACCUAUGGGAAGGGAAACUUUUUUCUUUUGUAUCAUUUUGUAAAUUUUUUGUUUUCUAAGAAUCAUUCAAAACAAAACUGAAAACCCUUCAACCAUAUUUUACACAGGUUUCAUGACUUAAGUUCAAUAUUUUUCAUUUUACACUGAUUAAAAAAAGUGUUGUUACAUAUUUUGUAAUUCUAAAUAGAUUGAUUGAUGAUUUAAAUUUCUUUAC